GUCAAUUGCCAGAUUGCGUCAUGCUUCCUCUUCACCAAUGACAAUUCCUGCUGUGAUUGAGGAGAACGAAGCUAACCUACGCCGCCUCCGACACGUGGCCAGCAUGCCGGAAUACCUGCUAAUGUCGCUACAGAUUCCGGUGUAAACCAUAUUUCUGGAGCUCCUUCACCCCAGAACCAUGCAUCAGCUCACCUCACUCCUGUUUGCUUUCUCCCUCAUGCUUACCUCUAAUCCUGCUGUUACCUAUGGUGAACCUCAGUCAGUCUUUGAUGAAUCCUCAGGAUAUGGACCUGUGUUUGAGGAGCAGCCCGUUGACACCAUCUACCCUGAAGAGUCUCAGGAAGACCAGAUAAUUAUGAGCUGCCGAGCUCGAGCCAGCCCACCUGCUACAUACAAGUGGAUGCGGAAUAAGAAAGAGAUUGAGUUCCAUGAGGGAAGCAAUGACCACUACAGGCUGGUGGGGGGAAACCUUUUAAUUAACAACCCUGAUAAAAGCAACCAUACUGGAAACUACUCCUGCCUGGCAACCAACAAGUAUGGCACCAUCAUCAGCCAAGAGGCUUCUGUCCUGUUUGGAUAUCUGGACAUGUUUUCCACAGAGGAACGAGUAGCUGUGCAAGUAAAAGAGGGUCAGGGAGUGGUACUUUUAUGUGCCCCUCCUCUACAUUUCCCAGACGACCUUACCAUUCGCUGGAUGUUGAAUGAAUUUCCCAUCUUUGUCCCUCUGGAUGAUCGACGCUUUGUAUCUCAGACAACAGGAAAUCUUUACAUUGCUAAAGUAGAUGCUACUGACAGUGGAAACUACUCUUGCUUCGUGUCUAGCCCAUCGAUUGCUAAGAGCGUCUUCAGCAAGUUUAUUCCUCUGAUCCCACUUCCUCAUGCUUCUGAACGUUCCAAUCGGAAGUAUGCAGCCGAUAUAAAUGUGAAGUUCCCCGACACGUAUGCACUUGUUGGCCUGAACAUCACACUGGAGUGUUUUGCAUUAGGAAAUCCUGUUCCCCUGAUUGGAUGGAGGAAGAUAGACGGAGCACUACCUGCCCACCAUGAGAUCAGCACAGCAGGUAAUCUGCUGCACAUCUACAACGUGCAGUAUGAGGAUGAGGGAAUGUAUGAGUGUGAGGUGAUCAACUCGAAAGGCAAGGACUGGCACAAAGCUCACCUCUAUGUGGAAGCUGCUCCACAAUGGGUAGAGCACAUUAGUAGUAGUGAGAGGGACAUUGGCAUUGACUACACCAUGUCCUGCUUAGCCAGUGGAAAACCCAAACCCCAUGUAUACAUUCUAAGGAAUGGUCAAAAGUAUGGCAAGCACAAGUUACAUUUCACAAAUCUGACAUUUGAUGACUCCGGAAUGUACCAGUGCAUCGCUGAGAACAGUCACGGGGUGAUACAUGCCAAUGCUGAACUACGAGUGUUCGUGGGUGCUCCUUCAUUUGAAUUGAACCCAGUGAAAAAGAGGCUGCUGGGAGUCAAGAAUGGACAUGUGGUGAUUGAGUGCAAACCCAAAGCAGCACCCAAACCUGUAUUCUCUUGGAGCAAAGGCACAGAGCUGCUCUCCAACACUAGCAGGAUUUUUAUCUGGAUGGAUGGAAGUCUGGAAAUUCGUAAUAUUACCAAGCUGGAUGAGGGGACAUACACCUGCUUUGCUGAGAAUAACAGAGGCAAAGCCAACAGUACUGGAUCUCUUACAGUCACAGAGGCCACCAAGAUAACUCUGGCUCCUUCUAAUGCUGAUGUGAGCAUGGGCGAAAUAGCCAGGAUGCAGUGUGCUGCAUCACAUGACUUAAUCCUUGACCUUACCUUCAUCUGGUCCCUCAACGACCAAGCUAUAGACAUUGAAGAAGAUGGAAAAUAUGACCAGAUUGUAAUGGAUAGUCAGCCAGGCAUAUCAAGCUGUGAGCUGGUGAUUAAAGACACUCAGCUGCAUCAUGUGGGCCACUACACAUGCAUGGCCCAGACACCCGUGGACAACGUUACUGCUUCUGCUGAGCUGCUGGUUAGAGGUCCUCCUGGAGCUCCUGGAGGAGUGCGUGUUGUGGACAAAGGGGUAAGGACUGUGAAAUUGCAUUGGAGUCACGGCUCAGAUAACCAUAGCCCUAUCUCCAAAUACACUGUCCAGUACAGAGGGAUCAAAACCAUGGAGGACUGGAAAGAUGCUGUCACUUCUCCUCCCAUCAUAGAAGGCAAUGCAGAGACAGCUACAGUAAUUGAUCUGAUUCCUUGGACGGAGUAUGAUUUUCGGGUUAUUGCUACAAAUACACUGGGUACAGGAGAGCCUAGUGACCCCUUACACAAAAUCAACACCCUGGAAGCAGCGCCAGUGGUGGCACCUUCAGGUGUUGGGGGAGGUGAUGGAAUGAGUAGAGAGUUAACCAUCACAUGGACGCCUGUUCAGCCCAAGUACUACUAUGGCAAUAACUUUGGCUACAUCAUCGCAUUUAAGCCCCAUGAUGGGAUUGAGUGGCAUAAGGUGACCAUAGCUGACCCUCAGGCCAGCCGUUACAUCCACAAAGACCCCUCCAUUCCUCCUGCCACAAGGUUCAAUGUAAAAGUAAAAGCCUUCAACAGCAAAGGAGAGGGACCUUUCAGCAAUACUGCUGACAUAUACUCUGCUCAGGAUGCACCCUCCGAAGCCCCCAUCAUUGAAGAAGCCAGAGCCCUGUCAGCAACGACUGCUAUUGUGUCUUGGCUUCCUCUUACACAGCAGCCUGUAGAGGGCUAUCAGGUAAGGUACUGGAAGAAGUCGAUGAAGAAUGAGGUUUCAAAACAGAGCAUUUCCAGCAAAGACAGCCAGACUCGACUGGAUAACCUGAAGCCUGAUACUCAUUAUGUAAUUGAGGUACAGGCAUUCAACGGACCAGAAUUUGGACCAGCUAGCCAACCACGUGAGAUCCACACAGAAAAAGCUCCUCCGAGUCGGCCUCCAAAAAUAAUCAGCACAAGGUUGAACCCCAGCGGGAAAAUGGUCAGAAUUGCUUGGGAGCAUGUGCAGUCUUUAGCCAAUGAGUCAACAGUUGAAAACUAUAAGGUUCUGUACAAACCAGAAGACCAAAGUACUUGGAAACUCUACACUACAAAUAAACAGUAUAUAGAGCUGCCCAGGCAGAAAGAUGGAAAUUACCUAGUGGAGGUGAGGGCACAGAGCAAAGGAGGGGAUGGAGCUGUGGCACAAGUGCGCAUCUCAGCUGGAGGGGUAAUGGUGGCCCAGUCUCUCAGCCUCUGUGUCUUGCUCCUGGUGGCAGUACUCAGCCUGGCAGUCUGAAUGUGGCGCCAUG